ACACUCCACUUCGCAAGCAAGCGCCGCGCUGCUCGCCGGUCCUUGUGCUCCGCCGCGCCGACGAUGCGGGGCCCGCACCACCCGCCCUGCACGCGGGCCCAUCAGGCGGGCGCCCUCCUCCUCGUCGGCGUCACCUUCCUCCUCACCCGCCUCCUCUCCGUUCCUCCGCCAUUCCCCACCGCACGCCACGCCUCCACGGCCCCAUGGCCAUGGCGCGGGCUCACGAGUCACGAUGACGACCACCUCCGCAUCUAUGUCUACGCCGACGACGAGAUCGACGGCCUCCGCGCGCUGCUCCGCGGACGCGACGCCACCGUCUCGCCCGCUACCUGCCUCAAGGGCCAAUGGGGAACUCAGGUAAAGAUCCACCAGCUUCUUCUCAAGUCAAGGUUUAGAACAUUGGACAAGGAUGAAGCGCAUCUCUUCUUUGUUCCGAGUUAUGUUAAGUGCGUCCGCAUGACUGGGGCUCUCACUGAUAAGGAAAUCAAUCAAACAUAUGUCAAGGUUCUUAGUCAGAUGCCCUAUUUCCGUAGGUCGGGUGGACGCGACCACAUUUUUGUCUUCCCAAGCGGUGCAGGAGCUCAUUUGUUUCGCUCAUGGGCAACUUUUCUGAAUCGAUCCAUCAUUCUCACUCCAGAGGGUGACCGUACCGACAAGCGUGGUAUAAGUGCAUUUAAUACAUGGAAAGACAUCAUUAUACCUGGGAACGUGGACGAUUCUAUGGUGAAGCCUGAUGCUCGGGCUGUCCAGCCAAUCCCAUUGACAAAAAGAAAGUAUUUAGCAAACUUCCUUGGUCGUGCCCAGGGAAAAGCAGGCCGUCUUAAACUGGUGGAACUUGCAAAGCAGUAUCCAGACAAGCUGGAGUCCCCAGAACUGAAGUUGUCUGGGCCUGACAAAUUGGGAAGGAUCGAUUACUUCAAGCACCUGAGGAAUGCAAAGUUCUGCCUAGCUCCUCGUGGGGAGUCCUCGUGGACACUUCGCUUCUAUGAAUCCUUCUUUGUGGAAUGUGUGCCGGUGAUUUUAUCGGAUGAAGUUGAGCUCCCUUUCCAGAAUAUGAUCGACUACACUGAGAUAUCGAUAAAAUGGCCAUCGUCCAAGAUCAGUCCUGAACUUUUCGAGUACCUUGAAUCAAUACCAGAGGAAAGAAUCGAGGAGAUGAUUGCCCGUGGGCGCGAGGUGAGAUGCCUGUGGGUGUAUGCCCCAGAUUUGGAACCCUGCUCCGCUAUGGCCGCCAUCUUGUGGGAGCUGCAAAGGAAAGUGAGGCGGUUCCAUCAGUCUGCACAAACCUUCUGGCUUCACAACAGGUCGACUGUGAAUAGAGAUUUGGUGGAGUUCCACCAGUGGACAACAACUGUUCCAUUGCCAUGAGAGACUAUAUAUUGGUCAAAUUUUUGGGUGUUCUAUGUAUUCAAGUCGGUAGAUGUUUGAGGAGGCUAGACAUGUGA